AUGACACAAGCGUGCAGGCACGACAAGACUGCCAGGGCCGCCGAGGAAGAUUCUCUGGCUGCGCCAUGGUCUCACGGUCUCGUGGUCUCAUGUGAAAACGACGCCUCGUCAGAGAACGAGCAGCUGCUGAGUCGCAGCAUGGACAGCGAUGAGGAUUCGUCCUUGGAGAAGCAAGGCUCGCUCGACGCCAACAACCUGAACCCCACCCUGGGCCUGCUCAACCUGGGGAACAAGCCCGACCUCUGCCUGCUCUCUCUGGGCCUCCUGGACCCGGACCACGGCUGCAACGGGACCGCCUACGUGGCCCGCAACCUCCCGAGUCCCGGCCACACGGGCGGUGUCAACCACAUCAUCGGCACCACCACCAGCACCACCAGCACCGCAGUGGGCGCCAAUAAAACCCCCGGGAUGUUGCAGAGUCGCAGGAAGAAGAUCCUGGAUCUGUACGCCAACGUGUGCAACAAGACCGAGGGCCUGAGCCCCACUGAGCUUCCCUUCGACUGCCUGGAGAAGGCCAGCCGCAUGCUGAGUUCCUCCUACAGCAGCGAGGCGGCGGUGGUGAAGACGUGGCGACACCUGGCCGAGAGCUUCGGCCUGAAGCGAGACGAGAUCGGCGGCAUGAGCGACGGCCUGCAGCUCUUCGAGAGGGUGAGCACGGCGGGCUACAGCAUCCCCGACCUGCUGGCCCGCCUGGUGCAGAUCGAGCGGCUGGACGCCGUGGAGUCGCUGUGCUGCGACGUGCUGGGAGGCAACGAGGCGGCGGCGGCGGCGGGCAGACGGCAGGGCAUCAGCAGCUUCCACGGGCAGAUGGCGUGCCCGCCACCGUGCCAGCCUCCCUCACAACGCUGCGCCAGCGUCUGACGUCGACGUGCCCCAAAAACCGGACUAUUGGAGGACCACGGAGAGGAUGUUUUAGGGACUAACUCACGGUACCCUCUGAACUUUGAGUGUUCCUUAAACCAAAACACCUCGGACUAUUUUAUGCCUCCAACAUAUUCCCAUACCUUGCAGCCUCGGCACCGGUUCCAGCACUUGCCGGGAAACAAGGUAUCGAGCAAGCCGACUGUCAAAACUUUCCAUGACAACAACGCAAGGAGGAGGCACUCAACAUGCAUUAGCUUGAUGCUAAUUUACAUUGGAUUUGCCCUUGACAUGCUACGGGUUAGCGUUAGCGAUUUUAACAUGGUGAUUUCAACAGCUGCGAAUUUGGUAGUCAAAACUACAACGAGAUACACGUUACUGUGGAAUUUCCAGGGCAGGGUUCCCACAAACUCCGGGACUGGCCCGCCAGCGUCCAAAAUCUGGCCCACAAAAAGU